GUACUCUUUUUUUUUAAUAUUAAAUAUUUUAACCAAUCAAAAUAUAAGUUUAUAUAAAUAUAAAAUACUUUGAAAAUUUUUAUUAUUCAUUUAUCGUUUUUUUGUUUGCUUUUGUAAAUUUUUUAAAAAAAUCACGUAAUUAUAAAAUGACUGGACGAGGCAAAGGUGGAAAAGGUUUAGGAAAAGGAGGAGCCAAACGCCAUAGAAAAGUUCUAAGAGAUAAUAUUCAAGGAAUCACCAAGCCAGCUAUCCGCAGAUUGGCCAGAAGAGGUGGAGUCAAAAGAAUCUCAGGGCUCAUUUACGAAGAAACUCGCGGUGUCCUCAAGGUUUUCCUGGAAAACGUUAUCAGAGACGCUGUCACGUAUACUGAACACGCAAAAAGAAAGACGGUUACAGCUAUGGACGUUGUUUACGCUUUGAAGAGACAAGGACGUACGCUUUAUGGUUUUGGUGGAUAAAUAUCAAUCCCGCAACAGCUGUUCAAGAGCAAAUAAAUACCCAACAGCCCUUUUUAGGGCUACUCAUAUUUUAAAAGAAGUUUAUACUUUGUAUUAUAUAUUUUUUAUUUUUGAUGAUUAAUUGUGAAUGUUCGAUUGAAAUAAGUAAAUUUUAUGUAUAUGGCAUAUCAUAAACUAUUUUCAUUAA